AUGACUCCUUUAACUCCGAAUCAACCAAGUCCUAAGCAACAAGGUCAAAACCAAUCCUUAGAUGUUUCUCCUGUUAAACAGGACUGUCCUACCUUGUUUAAUUUUCUUGAUCAGUUUCAAGGAAAUCAUGAUCCUAAGGAUCAUAAGCUGGAACUUCAUUAUGGUGGAUCAUCAUCAACCAAUCAUCAACAAUUCUAUAAUUCAUCGAGUAAUUCAGCUAUGGUUGAUCAAAGCAUUGUGCGUCGUCACACAAAUUUACCAUCAUCCACGGAGGUGGAAGAUAGCGGCAAAAGAAAUGACAAAUGGGUGUCUUCAAAGGCGAGGUUGAUGAAAAUGCUAAUGAUACCAGAAAGAAGUUAUGGAGACAUGAAUGAAGACAAAGCAAUUAUCACUGCAACUGCUAGUGCUGCUGCCACAAUUCCUUCAAAUGAAGGAAUUCAAAAUGAAAGGUACAAUCAAGGAAGCCCUACUGCUAGGGCUUGUGCUGAGUGUCAAACUACCUCUACCCCACUUUGGAGGAGUGGCCCUGUGGGUCCUAAGACACUUUGUAAUGCUUGUGGAAUUAGGCAGAGGAAGGCAAGAAGGGCUGCUAAAGAGGCUGAAAAUAGUUUGGCGACUUCCACAAAGAUUAUAGGACAUAACAAAGAGAAGGAAGAGAAGCUUCUUGUGAACAAAUGUACACAAUUCAAGAAGAAUAAGACUUCUUCAACUUCAACUAGUACUGCUUCUGCUACUAUGACUACUAAUGAUAGUAGCUUAUCUGAAGAGAUGAUGGAGAGACUUGAUUUUUUCUUAACAAAGGUGAGGAAAAAAUCGGGUUUCGAGUCUACUACUGAGGAAGUAGCUGAUACAGCUCUACUUCUGAUGGAUAUAUCUUGUGGUUAUGUUUAUCCUUGAUUAGAAGAGGGAUUUGGAUUCUCUCAUGGAGGAAUUUUACAAUGAGGGUGAGGGGUUAAUAAAUUUUGAGAUUUGGUUUUAUUUAAAUUUUACUUUUAUAUCAAAAAUA